UAGUUGUUUACCUUUUUUUCCCAAAAAAAAGAAACAUUUACAAAACAAAAGUCGUCGCUGGAUUUGGAUUGUAAAUUACCAAUGACCAGAGGUCUGAAGCCGCAUGGCGAAUACGAUGUAAGCGGACAUCCUGCGCAGGAUUCCACAUCACAAUUUCCCCUUCCUGGCUGCGGCGCAUUUUAUUUUGUCCCCGCAUAAUUGCCAAUUGUGCCGGAUCAUGGAGAAGGAUCUGGGUGAGGAAAAGGACCAGGAUCAGGAGCAGAACACUGAGAUGGAGCCCAAGCAGGAGAUGGACGUGGCGCAGUCUUACAUAACGCGGGCCAAGAUGAAUCCUGCCAAGAAGGAUAACGAGAAGCGACGACGCAAGGAUGCCAUGCGAAGGGUCUCGAUGAUACUGCGAAAAUGCGACUCCAUGCGCACGACGGAAGAUCGACAGUUUUUGGAGAAACACCCGGACAUGGUGAAGACGACCAAGAAGCGCAAGGAGCGGGUAGAGAUAUACAAGGAGCGGGUUGUGGAACGCGAGGAUGCGCCGCACGUGAUCGAGGCGAAGGUGGAGCAGUUGGCCAACAUCAUUUCGCAGGCUAAGCAUCUAGUUUGCUACACGGGAGCCGGUAUAAGCACGGCAGCCCUGAUUCCGGACUAUCGCGGUAGCCAGGGAAUAUGGACACUGCUCCAAAAGGGUCAGGACAUCGGCGAGCAUGAUCUAUCCAGCGCGAAUCCCACCUACACGCACAUGGCACUUUAUGAGCUGCAUCGCCGCAGAUUGCUGCAUCAUGUGGUCUCCCAGAAUUGUGAUGGCCUGCACUUGCGAUCCGGAUUACCGAGAAAUUCGUUGUCCGAAAUCCAUGGAAACAUGUACGUGGAGGUGUGCAAGAACUGUCGACCGAACAGCGUUUACUGGCGCCAGUUCGACACCACGGAGAUGACUGCCCGCUAUUGCCACAAGACCCACCGCCUAUGCCAUCGCUGCUCGGAGCCUUUGUACGACACCAUUGUGCACUUCGGAGAGCGGGGGAACGUCAAGUGGCCAUUGAACUGGGCGGGAGCCACUGCCAAUGCGCAGCGAGCGGAUGUGAUUCUCUGCUUGGGCUCCAGUCUCAAGGUACUCAAGAAGUACACUUGGCUUUGGCAGAUGGACCGGCCUGCCCGCCAGCGAGCAAAGAUCUGUGUGGUCAACUUGCAGUGGACGCCCAAGGAUGCGAUUGCUAGCAUAAAGAUCAAUGGGAAAUGCGAUCAGGUGAUGGCCCAAUUGAUGCAUCUACUCCACAUUCCAGUUCCCGUUUACACGAAAGAGAAGGAUCCGAUUUUCGCACAUGCUUCGCUUCUGAUGCCCGAGGAACUGCACACGCUUACACAACCAUUGCUGAAGAAUGCCGACGAGGAGGAGGCCUUCACCACUACCACUGAGGAAACGCAAGACUCGACUAUCUCCAGCGAGAGCUGUAGCUUUAACUACAGUGAUCUUCCCAUCGGCAAAGGACCCCGCAUUCGCACACCCAUCAAAAAUGGUCGAAGAGUUAAGACUAACCUGGAGCUCCGACAGAAAUUCAAGACGCUCAAUGGCCAGGACGAGGAAAUUAAGGUGGAGCAUGUGAAAACAAAUGGGGAGGUUAAAACAGAGAAGGACUUAAUCACGCUGGAGUCGUCCAUUAAAAUAGAGACUGAAGUUAAGCUGGAGAAAUUAGAGUGCUCGGACACCAAUUUUCAGCAGGAGUUGAAACUUUUGGAGCUGCUACCAAAGCUAGAACCACUUUCGCUCAAAGAAGAGACGGAGGAAACGCCGAGCAAUGGUUUUCCAGAGCUGCCAAAACUAGUCGCCAUACAAAAAACUCAUGCGGAAUGUUUGUCCGCGGUCCCAACUGAAUCAAGACUAAAGCCGCUUCAGCUGCCACCGCUGGUGCCCAUUGGAGCACCACUGUCCACACCCUUUGUUGAGCCCAAAUUGGUCCUGCCACCUGCCUCUCAGUCGUCCAGCAUACAGAUAAAGAGCGAGGGCGAUGGUGAUUCCAGCACAGAGAACGAUAACGAAGAGGAGGAGGAAAGCGAGCUGGCCCAGAUGGAUUUGUUGAGGCAAAACAACGAUGAGGAGCUGCUUCGCCAAUUACCCACGUGGUACGAUGCCAAGUACGCGUAUUCUGGUCUGCAUAGCAUCCUGAUCCCACCACCAGCGGAUCUCAAUAUUUGGAACUCGCAGGUGGUGCCGAACUUUGCGAUGAACAGAUCCGCUGCCAGUUGUUUCUUCUGCUUUGAUCGGUAUGCGGAGCUGGAGUGCCAGUUUUACCGGCGUUGGAACCUCAGUCAGCGCAAACACAAGAAACGGGCCAGAAGCGGUCGGUUCGUGGUCUGCGAGUGCUGUCCAACUUCCGACGACGACGAUGACUACGAUGAGAAUAUAUCCUUGGCACACAUAGCAGCGGCGGAAACGGCAAAGCGAAGACAGCAGCUGAGCACGAGUUUUCCACGGAAGUUGGCGCGAACCCAGGCAGGAUGGUAUGGCAAGGGCUAUAAGAAAGGUCGGAAGAGACGGUAGAUUCCCAUUUAUGUACGGCCGUGAUUCCUCCCUAAGAUAAGAAGGUGAAAUGAUUACCCUUGAGUCAAUGGCUUUUUGGAAACGUUUGAUCUUAUACUUGAUAUGAAGGAGCUAGCUGUUUCUUUUCUACGGAAAAGAUCGACCUGCCCUCACCGAGACAUAUGCUCGCUUCAAUAGUAUUUUAGCUAUAGGUUUAUAAGUCAUAGAUGAUAGUGGCAGCUAGAAUAGAAUAGGGUUCCUUUUAUUUAGACGUGUUUUUUAAAAUGCUCUAUUUGUCAGUCUUUGAUUAUAUUAAUAGGUCAGCCCGUUUUUGUCUAUUUUCGAUAUUUAGUUUAAUUUUAAUGGGUUUGAUUGUAUGUCACAAUUGUGUAACUCUUGUCCUGGUAUUUUGGUGCACUUGCUGCAGAAAUCAUUUGACCUUGUUUUUAAUUAUUAAUAUAGGUUUUUACUUUUAGAACGCUAACCUAACAUCCGCCCCUCUACACACGUAAGUUAAAUAAAGAAAAUAAGCAUUAUGGUAUAAUG